AAGUUAUGAGAGUAGUGAAGUUGUUGUGUAUAAAUAAGUGGUUAAUACAAGAGAAAUAACUCAUCACCACCUAUUCUUGUUUAUUAGUAACAAAAUAUUUCAGUGAAAAAAUGGCCAGCCUCAUUGCUCCUGAGGAGUUUUCUGCUGUUGCUGAUGCUGAAGCUCUUAAAAAGGCUUUCCAUGGUUGGGGAACAAAUGAGAAGGGUGUAAUAGCAAUACUUGGUCAUCGAAAUGCAGCUCAAAGGAAGAUGAUCUGGAAAGCUUACGAAGAAAAAUAUCAGGAGAAUUUUAUCAAGCGCCUCGAAUCUGAGCUCUCCGGACACUUUGAGAAGGCAGUAUACCGUUGGGUUUUGGAUCCAGCUGAUCGAGAUGCAGUGCUAGUAAAUUUAGCUAUAAAGAAAGUUCCGGAUCCUCGUGUGAUUGUUGAGAUGUCUUGCGUUAAGGCUCCUGAAGACUUGUUGAUUGUGAAACGGGCUUAUCAGAUUCGUUACAAGCGUUCCAUGGAAGAAGAUAUCGCCUCACAUACCUCUGGUGAUAUGCGAAAGUUUUUGGUUGCACUGGUGGGCGUACAUAGGUACGAUGGUGGUGAAAUUGAUACGAAAUUAGCUAAGUCUGAGGCAGAUAUUCUUAACAAAGCUAUCAAAGAGAACUUACUGACUCAUGAAGAGAUCAUAAGAAUCAUAACUACAAGGAGCAAGGCACAGCUCAUGGCAACUCGAAAUCACUACAAAGACGCCCAUGGCAUUUCACUUUCCAAGCAUCUUGCUGAGAAUCCAGCUAACGAGUUCUUAUCAGCAUUACUUACUGCCAUCAAAUGCCUGACUGAGCCGAAAAGAUACUAUGAAAAGGUGCUGCGAACUGCUAUAAAGCAGAAGGGGACAGAUGAAGAUGCACUGACUCGUGUGAUCGUUACGAGGGCUGAGGUUGAUUUGGAGGAGAUAAAAGACCUUUACUACAAGAGGAACAGUGUGACUCUGGAGAAUGCAGUUGCAAAGGAGACUUCUGGACACUACAAGGCAUUCCUCCUGACUUUGCUAGGAAAGCAAGAUUAGCAAAUUAUUAACUGAUUCUAUGAAUUUGAUUGGGGUUUGCUGGGAAUGUUUACCUAUUGUUUUGUUCACAUUUGCUGUGUUGUUGAGAUUUGGUAAACUUUCUUAUGUCAAGUGGAUUUUAUUUUGUUUGGUUAUGAAUUUUGAAAUUUCUGCUUU